AUGUUAGAAAUCCCAGAACUUGUUCAUAAAUGGAACCAUACCCAUUCUAUCCUUUCUAUUUGUGUAUUUCCAAAUAAAAACUUAUUAUUUGCUGGUACUCAAGAUUCAAAGAUUUUAGUAGUUGAUAAAAAAAGUUAUGAUAUUAUAAAAACAAUUCAAUUAGGUAACACUACAUCCUCAACUAUUGAUCCCCUAUCUUCUAUUUCAUACAUAAAUACGAGAUCAAGUGUCUUGUGUUUGGAUAAAUCAUUGGACGAAAAGUAUUUAUUCUCCGCAGGUGCUGAUUCUUUAGUUAGAGUUUGGUCUAUAGAUUAUUGUAAGAAAGACCAUUCUUUACAGAUUAAAGAAAUCGCUACUGUAUAUUCAAUUACUGAUAUUGGGGACAUUUUUUCUAUCAAAUACUUGGAUUCUGUACAGACCCUUGUUUUUGGUUGUCAAGAUGCGUCUCUUUUAUAUCUAGAUAAUAUUAUUGACAGAAUCCAUGAUUGUACUGCAUCAUUUAAUACUAACGUCAACCUCAACAAUGAUAUUAAUAACUCUCACACUUCAAAUGAUCACCCUAAUAUUUUACAAAAUGCUGAAAGCACAUCUAAUAUAAUUACGCCCUCACAGAAUAAUAUUGAUAGAUUACCCCAUAGAAGAUACGAUAAAUUUUUUAAUUCAAAGGGUCCAACUAGCCCCACUUCAUACACACCUUUAUCUGUUUCUCCAGAUUACCUCUCUAGAGAAGUCUCAACAUUGAAUAUAUGUGAUACUAAACAUUACCCACAUGCUAUUCUUGAGAUUCCUGCUGAAAAUAUUAUUAGAUAUGCACACAAUGGUUUUAUUUACAGUAUUGUAGGUGCCACCUCAAUUCAUACUGGACUGAAUCAAAAUAAUGAUUCAAUCUUAGAAUUAAUUAUCACUAGUAGUGGUGAUGGGAUAAGUUCUGUCUGGAAAGUUUCUAAGAAUAAGAAAAGUGGGAAAGUAGUUAUUGAAUCUGAACAAGAAAAUAUGAAUAAUGAAGAAACAGUAUUUUCACAAGCUAUAGAAUAUCCAUUUCUUUAUUGUGGGUUAAGUGAGGGCAAAAUAAAUAUUUGGGAUCUAAAUACAGGACAGUUGGUGUCUGAAUUGAAAACACCAGACAUGUCCGAUAUAAUUUCUAUUUCUGUACAUGAUGAUUGUGUUUUUGCUAUUAAUGAAGAAAGUAUAAAUAUUUUUUAUCAUGAUCAGUUAGUACAUUGGAAUCCAAAUCAAGGGAAAUUAUUGGGUUCAGAGAUAUUUAUAUGCGAUAUGGCUAAUGAUAAAAAUAAUAGCAUAUUAAAUAGUUAUUCUUAUUUGUCCGUUGGUGGGAACGACGGAUCAUUAACACUUUGGAAUAUAUCAUCUUUAUUCCAAAAUCUACAACCAUCAUUGGCAUCCAGAUUUGUUAAUAAAAGGAUGAAAUAUGAGACCAAUGACAGUUCCACAGAAACAAAUAUUGACACAGAAGAGAUGAUUUUAUCGUUAAGAAAACUAAUUUCUUUUAAGACAAUCUCACAGGAGACUGCCACUGAAUGCAGGAUAUCUUUGGCCCGUUGUGCUAUUUUCCUAGUAGAAUUACUUAAAAAAUUAGGCGCUGAUGAUGUACAGCUGUUACCAGUUGAUGGACACCAUGGUCCUGUAGUUUUGGCUCAUUUUCAUAAUCAACGUGGUCGUGAAGAACAAAACUCGGUUAAAAGAAUUCUAUGGUAUGGUCAUUAUGAUGUGAUAUCAGCAGGUGAUUCUGAAAAAUGGGAUACUGACCCAUUUACUUUGACUUGUGAAAAUGGAUAUAUGAAAGGCCGUGGUGUCUCUGAUAAUAAAGGUCCACUUAUUAGUGCCAUUUACAGUGUAGCAUCCUUAUAUCAACAGAACAAAUUAAAGAAUGAUAUUAUAUUUUUGAUUGAGGGUAGUGAAGAAAUUGGAUCACCUGGAUUUGAACGGAUAUGUUCUGCAAGGAUAUUUAAUCCAAAGAUAGACUGGAUCUUUUUAAGUAAUUCAUCAUGGGUUGAUGAAGAACAUCCAUGCAUCAACUAUGGUUUAAGAGGUGUUAUUAAUGCAGAAAUAACAAUAACUUCAGAUAAGUCAAAUGGCCAUUCAGGUAUCAAUGGUGGUUUAUAUCAAGAGGUGACUUUUGAUUUGAUGCAUAUAAUAUCUAAAUUACAGGAUGAUGAAGGUCGAAUCUCAAUUCCAGAUUUUGAGAAGACAAUGAAGACACCUGAUAAGAAGGAAUUAGAGAGAUUUGCUAAAGUUAUUAAUGUAGCUAAUUUUUCAAAGACUGGAUGUUGUAAAAAGGGUGAUUACUGUGUUAAUUUCCUUAUUAAGAAUUGGGCGAAACCAUCUAUAUCAGUCACAUCAUUGAAAGUUAAUGGUCCCGGAAAUAUAACUGUUAUUCCGAAUAGUGCAUCUGCAGGGGUUUCAAUAAGACUGGUACCGGGCCAAGAUGUAAGAUCUGUUAAGGAAAAUUUGAAAGAAUUUUUAAUAAGAGAAUUUGCUCAAUUAAACUCUCCUAAUCAUUUGCAAAUUGAUGUGGUCAACGAGGCAGAGCCCUGGUUAGGUGAUCCAUCUAAUCAUGCAUAUCAAAUUCUUGAAAGGGAAGUUACUAAAGCUUGGGGUAUGGAACCGUUAUUUGUAAGAGAAGGUGGAUCAAUCCCAUCUAUUAGAAUGUUAGAAAGAAGUUUUAAUGCACCAGCUAUUCAAAUUCCAUGUGGUCAAAGCACAGACAAUGCACACCUAGAUAACGAAAAUUUAAGAAUAAAGAACUGGACCAAGAUGACCCAGAUUUUGUCAAACGUAUUUAAUAAUUUAUAA